AUGCCCUUCACCGGAGGAUACUCCCGCAGUGAAGUAAAUAGAAGGCGCUGUAUACACACCAACGGAUUUCUUCCAGGUACCGCCAAGAAUAUCCAAAGCGACUUCAACACCUACAGGCAGUGCGAGAUCCGCAGUAGCGACGACUUUCCCCUUGAGCUCGAAAAUCGGUUCAAUGUGCGGUGUAAAGCCCGAGGCUUUAUUUCUCUGAGGCUCCAUGGCAUCCAAGAUUACUUCCCCGCUCUCGAUGGAAAAUCUAUACCCUUGCUGAUGCUAAACGCCAAUUCUCCACCAAAGCUGAAAUUGGCCUUGGCCCCACAACUUCCGACGAAAUUUUUGACGGCCGCUGCGUCCUUCUUCAGCUUGGCUUCCUGGAUCUCUUCUUGCUCGUCCGUGAGCUCAGCGAGGACAGUCACACAGUUGUCCUCGAAGGUGGGCUGGGAUGCAAUGAAGAAUGAGCGAUACUCCCCUGUGAGGCGGCCACAGCCAACAUGA